AUGGGAAAGAACAAGAAGUCUGCUCCCAAGGAAGAACUUCUGCGCCUGCCGCGACAUCCCGCCCUGACUGCCGAGACUGCGCUCGACGAGCAAAUCGCACCUAUCGUCGACACGCAUACCCAUCUUGUGUCCACAUUCCAUGCCUACCGUGGCAAGUAUAAGGACGGGAAGUACGAGACGGUACACGACUUUGUCCGAGGACUGUAUCAGGAUCGCAAUGUCGAGGCGAUCGUGGAUGUGUGGUGUGACGCAUCCAUUCAGCUGUCCUGGAGAUCGAUUGCAGACUCGGCUUUGACGAAGGAGAGCAUAGAAAUGUUGUGGGGUGGACUAGAGUACUGGUUUGUGAUGGGCAUUCACCCACAUGAAGCUGGAGCGUAUACAGACGAGGUAGAGAGCAACAUACUUAAUGCGAUGGCGCAUCCCCGUUGCGUUGGCUGGGGAGAAAUCGGCCUGGAUUACCACUACGACAACUCGCCACGGGACGUGCAGUGCAACGUCUUCACACGUCAGCUUCAACUCGCUGUGCAACUCGGCAAGCCACUCACGAUCCACACGCGCGAGGCGGAGGAGGACACAGAGCGCAUCUUGAAGGAGCAUGUUCCGCGGGAACACAAGAUCCACAUUCAUUGCUACACGGACUCAGCAGAAUGGGCCGCACGAAUGCUGGAAUACUUCCCAAACCUGUUUAUCGGCGUGACCGGUGUUAUUACAUACUUCACGAAUCUUAACACCUCCGCGGUAAUUCGACAGAUGGCUUCAACGCCGGGAGGGCAUAUGCGGAUCCUGCUCGAGACGGAUGCACCAUUCAUGGUCCCAUCCAACAUAUACACAUCACUCAAAGACGUCAAGGGCCGGUUGCCGCUUUCGCAUUCCGCGAUGAUCCCGUGGACGGCGGAGUUUGUUGCUGCGGUAGCGAACGAGGCCAUUGAGGGCGAAGAGCCCUCUUGGGAUGUUGUGAAGGUACUGCGUGAGGCAAGGGAGAAUGCGAAGAGUAUGUAUGGAAUCUGA